CAAAUCAAACUCCCUUGACCUGUGCAGUGUCUGAAAGUACCAAUCGCAAGGGAGCACGGGGAUUGCGUUUGCGUCCAUAUCUGCUCCCAGCGAGCAAAACAGAAGCUCUACAUUCUGUUGAAGAUAACACACUGAAGCGUGACCCAUUUCUCCACCACCACCACCUCCGUCUCCGUUUCCGAUCACCACCGCCAUGGCCACCGUCUUCAACGAACUCGCAUUCGCUCCAACCCAGACCCUCCUCUGCCCCUCAAUCCAUUCUCCACCCUCCUUCUUCCGCACUUUCUCCUCCUCACCCAAUCGGAAACCCCUUCGGAACCCUAUCCUCCGUUGCUCCAUCGCCAAGGAAGCAUCCCCGCCAAAACCCACCGCGCAACCCGGCGACCUCUCCUCCGUCGACUGCGUCGUCGUCGGCGCCGGCAUCAGCGGCCUCUGCAUCGCCCAGACACUUUCCAGUUCCACCUCAAACGUCGUCGUCACCGAGGCCCGAGACCGAGUCGGCGGCAACAUCAUCACCGUUGAGAGGGAUGGCUACCUUUGGGAGGAAGGUCCCAACAGUUUCCAGCCCUCCGAUUCCAUGCUCACCAUGGUGGUGGAGAGUGGUUUGAAGGAUGAGCUUGUUCUGGGUGAUCCUGAUGCUCCUCGGUUUGUGUUGUGGAAUGGGAAAUUGAGGCCUGUGCCUGCAAAACCAACUGAUUUGCCUUUCUUCGAUUUGAUGAGUAUUGGUGGCAAGCUCAGGGCGGGGUUUGGUGCACUUGGAAUUCGGCCUCCUCCUCCAGGUCGUGAGGAAUCGGUAGAAGAGUUUGUGCGUCGUAACCUUGGUGAUGAGGUUUUUGAACGCUUGAUUGAGCCUUUUUGUUCAGGUGUCUAUGCAGGUGAUCCUUCAAAAUUAAGUAUGAAAGCAGCAUUUGGGAAAGUUUGGAGGCUGGAAGAAAAUGGUGGUAGCAUUAUUGGUGGCACUUUCAAAGCAAUACAAGAGUCAAAGAAAUCUCCAAAGCCACCUCGAGAUCCGCGUCUGCCAAAACCAAAGGGUCAAACUGUUGGAUCUUUCCGUAAGGGACUCACCAUGUUGCCAAAUGCAAUUUCUGCAAGGUUAGGUAACAAGGUGAAGUUAUCUUGGAAGCUUUUAAGUAUUAGUAAACUGGACAGUGGAGGGUACAGUUUGACAUAUGAAACGCCAGAAGGAGUGGUUUCAUUGCAGAGCAAAACUGUUGUCAUGACCAUUCCUUCCCAUAUUGCUAAUACAUUGCUACGUCCCGUGUCUCCUGCUGCUGCAGAUGCUCUUUCAAAGUUUCAUUACCCUCCAGUUGCUGCAGUUUCCAUAUCCUAUCCAAAAGAAGCUAUUAGAUCAGAAUGCUUAAUAGAUGGUGAGUUGAAGGGGUUCGGUCAAUUGCAUCCGCGUAGCCAAGGAGUGGAAACAUUAGGAACUAUAUACAGCUCAUCACUUUUCCCUAACCGAGCACCACCUGGAAGGGUUCUACUCUUGAACUACAUUGGAGGGGCUACCAAUCCUGGAAUUUUAACAAAGACGGAUAGUGAACUUGUUGAAGCAGUUGAUCGAGAUUUGAGAAAAAUCCUUAUAAAGCCAAAUGCCAAGGACCCAUUUGCAUUGGCAGUGAGAACAUGGCCUCAAGCUAUUCCACAGUUCUUAAUUGGACACCUUGAUCUCCUAGAUGCUGCUAAAGCCUCUCUCAAAAGUACCGGGUUUGAGGGGCUGUUCCUUGGGGGCAACUAUGUAUCUGGUGUUGCAUUGGGACGAUGUGUUGAGGGAGCCUAUGAGAUUGCAGCUGAAGUAAAUGAUUUUCUCUCUCAGAGAGUGUACAAAUAGUGGCAAUAUUUGUUUUCAUUAAAUGGGUGGGAACUGACAAAGUUUCUCAGGUCACUUUGCCACCCCAUUUUCCCGGCUUAUUAGAUUACUAGAUUUUGACCUGUUAUUAUAUGCUACUGUUAUGUAAAUUCAGGCAGUGUUUUGAAAUAAUUACAUGAGUUACUCGAUGAUCACAAGGCUUGUGUCUUCGAACAUGUAUAUUUUGUUUGGCUAGUAGUAUUUUACGAUUAAA